AUGGAGAACGAAGAACUCAAUAACCAACUUCCACCACAUCAAGUAGAAGAACAGUUUGAUGAGGUGGCACCACGACGUGAUAGAAUACUCCGUGAUUAUGCAAGGCCAGAUCAUUUUGAAGGAGAAUCAAGUGUGAGGAGACCACCAAUUGCAGCAAACAACUUUGAAAUCCGCACAGGCUUGAUUCAAAACAUUCAACAGUCAUGUCAGUUUACUGGUGAUGCGAGUGAAGAUCCUCACACCCAUCUAAUUGAUUUUCUUGAAUUAGUUGAAACUUGCAGGUAUAAUGGAGUCACAACAGACGCCAUCAGGUUGCGGCUUUUUCCUUUUUCUUUAAAAGGUGAAGCAAAAAUAUGGUUGCGAAGUCUGCCUAGAGGUUCAAUCACUACAUGGGACCAAAUGACUCAGAAAUUUCUUAAUAAAUAUUUUCCACCUGCAAAAACAUUUAAAAUGAAGCAAGAAAUCAAUAAUUUUGUGCAAAUAGACACUGAAUCUGUAUACCAAGCAUGGGAACGAUUAAAAUCAAUGCUAAGAAAAUGCCCACACCAUGGUAUCCAAGAUCCUGACAUUUUAUAUAUUUUCUAUCACGGUCUUAAACCCUCUGCUAGAAAUGUAAUUGAUGCAGCAUCAGGAGGAUCAAUAAUGGGAAAAACUACUACACAAGCAAUGCACUUUCUUAAUGAAAUUUCGGAAAAUGCUGUUCAAUGGCCCUCUGACAGAAUGAUUAUCAAAAAUACGGUAGGAGUAAAUCAAGUUGAAGCUUUGAAUUUAUUGACACAACAAAUUGCGACUUUAACACAAAAAGUGGAGGCUUUUCAGGUAGGUGCUCACUCAUCAUCCCAACUUGAGAAUUGUGAUGUUUGUCAAGGUAAUCAUCCGAAUCAUGAAUGUCAAGCUUCAGCGCAAAAUGAAGAACAGGUAAAUAUGAUUGGUUAUAGAAAUACUUACUCAUUUGGUAGUCCCAUGGCACAAAAACAUCCAGGAUUUCAAUGGAGUAAUCCUGAUGGUGCUGAAAAUCCUCAAAGAUUUUUUAAUCAAAAUCGGCAGGUAAAGGGACCACCUGGUUUUCAAAAUCAAAACAGAGGGCAACAAGAUUUCCAGAAAUAUCAACAACCACCCCAAAGAGCUCAUCAGCAAAGCCUCGAAGACAUAAUGUACAAAUUCAUUAAGGCUACUGAUGAGAAGGUUGAAAGUCAAAGUUCAGCCAUCAAGAAUUUAGAAAUUCAGAUGAGCCAAUUAGCAACCCUCAUGUCUGAACAAAUAAAAGGUGCUCUACCAAGCAACACCGAGAAAAAUCCAAAGGAACACCUCAAAGCCAUCUCUCUGCGGUCAGGUAAAACUCUUGAUGAUCCAUAUGCAGGUAGACAAGGAAAACCACAAGAAUUGGGACAGGUAAAUGAAGGUGAGAAUAAAAGAGACUCUGAACUUCCAAAAGAACAAAAAGAUAAAGGAAAAAAGGUACAAGAAAAUGAAUUGAUGAUAAAUCCUCACUCUGUACCGCUCCCUUUUCCCCAAAAGAUGAAAAGAGAAAAUCUUGACAAACAGUUUUCAAAGUUUCUGGAUAUUUUAAAGCAAUUAAAAUUGGAAGAAGUUUCAGUUGUUAAGCUUACAGAGAAAUGUAGUGCUAUACUUCAAAAUAAGCUUCCACAGAAACUUGGCGAUCCAGGGAGUUUUACAAUUCCUUGUACUGUGGGAGGUGCUCACUUUGAAAAGGCGUUAUGUGAUUCAGGUGCUUCAAUAAAUCUAAUGCCUUUUUCAAUUUUCAGGAAAUUAGAACUUGGUGAAAAAAAGGAUACUGGUGUGUCUCUUCAAUUAGCUGAUCAAAGUACUAAGAAACCAAAAGGAAUUAUUGAAAAUAUCCUUGUCAGAGUGACAAAUUUGUAUUCCCAGUAG